GUCCUGACUCCUGACCAGCUAGUUGCAGGUAGACUCCUGACCUCCUAGUUGCAGGUUGCAUGCAACAUUGGGCUCAGGACUCGCCGUCUGCUCAGAAACCGUUCCCUGUGUCGGUGAAAAGGACGGCCCUCAUGUUGCAUCCAGGCAGGAGCCAUGGACGACCUGCGAAGGAGGCCCAAACCUUGUAAGUUUGGAAUGGGGCGGUCGACGAGGGCCAUUUUGUUGUUGAGCAUCCUUCUGGCAUUCCAAUCCGCAGAGGCAUUGCAUGGAGAGCGGGUUGGAGUUGGGCUUCAGCUUCACAAGACGAGCGUUUCAGAAGAGGGGUUUCGCCUAGAAAACCCCCGGGACAUUGCACGCUGGGAGCUACCGAAUCCUGAGAAUAAGGUUGCAGCUGAAGGCAGGCUGCUUUCGGCAAAGCAUCCGAAUUUGCCGCUCGUCACUGGUAGCAGCGAAGGUUUGCUAUCGAGCGAUCAAUUGCAGGCUAGUUUAGCGUGUGACGUUGACCUUGGAGGCAAAGGGUCGCUGGAUGCUACUUGUGAGCUGAAAGAUUCGGUCACUCUCAGCGGUGCGUCAAGUAUACAGGGGGCCGGCAACCUGACUCUGCUUCAGGGCGUCACUAUCAAUUGCUCCCUCCCAGACUGCCUCAUAAACAUAACCCUCGGAGGCGACUUGAAAUUGCUGAAGGACGCAGCAAUUGUGGGAGGGCAAUUACAUGUAGAGGCGGAGAAUGUUGUCAUAAAAAAGGGGGGGACAAUCAGUGCCAAGGCACUAGGGGGCAAACCGCCCCCCCAGACAAGCGGCAGCCCCACCACCUCAGAUGGCUCCGGGGGAGGACAUGGGGGCCGGGGGGCAUCUUGUUCAAAGAAGGGGGCAAGUUUCUCUACUGACACCUGGGGGGGCGACGUGUAUGCGUGGUCCACUCUGGAUGCCCCUUGGAUGGUUGGCAGCAAGGGGGGCCCAACCAAAGGCAAUGGGACAGGUGGCGGUGGCGGAGGGCGCAUCCACAUGGUAGCCCGUGAGCUGCUGUAUGUUGAAGGGGAGAUCAGCGCAGAGGGAGGGGACGGGCAAGACAGCGGCGGGGGCGGAUCUGGGGGCAGUGUCGUUGCAAAAGCACGCACACUUGACGGUCUCACCACCGGCCGCAUCAGCGCAGCAGGGGGGGAUGGUCACGCUGGAGGAGGAGGUGGCCGGGUGGCUUUUGACUUUGAGAGCCGCUCGAACGUGGACAUCGUGGCAAACGGCGGCGAGAGCCUGGGCUGCCCUGACAACGCGGGCGCCGCGGGGACGCUGUUCGACGUAUCGCUGCAAACGCUGACGAUUAGUAACGAGGGGCGGCACACUCGCACGCGCACGCCGCUCUUCGACUUUCCGAACCACCCGCUGUGGACCAACUUCGUCAUGGACGACCAGGCCAAGGUCGUCGUGCUCUCGCUCUGGAGCAGGGUGCAGGUGCAAGGCAAGAUCGUGCUGACAGGCUUCUCGGUGCUCAACUUCGGGCUGGCGGGCACCGCGUGGGCGGAGCUCGAACUUUUUGGCGACGAGAUCGUGAUGCGCAACUCGAGCAUGUACGUCUACGGCGCCAUGAAGCUGGCCGCCAAUCAGCUGCUGCUAGACAACGCGACGGUGCAGAUCAUCGGGGGUUCGUCCGUGCUCACGAGAACGACGGUCGUGGAGGUCAACCACCUAGAGCUCAAGACGCUGUCCAGCAUCGAGUCGAACGCGAACCUGGGCAUCCAGGGUCAGGGCCUGAUGGCCGUUUACGACAGCUGUCGCAUCGCCGCGCGCAAGCUGUUCGUCUCGCUCUUCUUCCUGCUCAAAGUCGCCGCGGGCGCGACCCUCCAAGCCCCCACCAGUUUCAGCGACUCCGAGGGGGCCCCCGUCGCGCUCUACUGCGACCAGCCCACGUGCCCCCCUAGUGUGAUCCAAACCUCCCAGGACUGCAGCAUCGACCCGGAGUCCCCGUUCACACUGCAGCUGUGCCGCAUUGAGGAGCUGCUGAUCGAGGGGGUGGUAAAAGGCGCCGUGGUGCACAUACAGAGGACCAAGUUGGUGACCAUCGACAAGGGGGGGCAGUUGACCGCAGCCGGACAGGGGUGCGGGGGGGGGCAAGGAAUGGGGGCCGGACAGGCUGGGGCGGAAGGGGUUGGCGGCGGGGGGGGCACGGCGGGAGAGGCGGAAACGGGUCGUUCAACAAUAACACCGCGCUAG